CUUGUUGGGCCAGAAGGAUCACAAGCUGCCAUUGCCAUAGUUACACCACUAAUGAGACGCGUCCAUAAACUAAUUAAACAUUCAGCCGAAUUAGUAUUUAUUGAUGCCACUGGGAACAUGGACCGCCAAGGAUGUAGAGUUUUUUUGCUCUUGACCCACAGUUCUUGCGGAGGACUACCACUUGGAGUACUAAUUACAACUAGUGAAAGCACAGAAACAGUGACAGAGGCACUGAAUUUGUACAAUUCACUAUUGGAUGACAGUGCAUAUUUUGGGCGUGGGAAGUCUGGGCCUGAGCUCUUCAUGACAGAUGACAGUACGUCGGAACGGCAAUCACUUCAUGCUGUCUACCCUAAUGCCAAUCUACUCCUUUGUGUCUUUCACAUACUUCAAGCAUAUUGGCGUUUCUUGUGGGAAGCUAAGAAUGCAGUUAGGAAGGAAGACAGGCCACAUCUGUUUUCUUUGUUGAGGAACAUGCUGUACUGUGACACUGUUGAAGCAUUGGAGGCAAAGCACGAGGACAUCAUGAAUGAUGAAACCUUGGAGAAAUAUGCAAAUGUACAUAAGCAUUUGGAGGACAUCUAUGCCAGAAAGAUGACUUGGGCUGUGUGUUACCGAGCUGACCUGAACAUUCGUAACAAUAACACAAAUAACUUCGCAGAAUCUGCCAUGCGCAUAAUGAAGGAUCAGAUCCUUGAGAGGACCAAGGCCUAUAAUGUGAUCCAGCUAGUGGACUUCAUUGUCACAAGGCUGGAGACGUAUUAUGAAAGACGGCUUAUCGAUGUCUGUAACAACAGAUUGGACAGGGUGCUCCAGUCUCGGUUUCUGCCAAGUAUUGCCACUGGAUCUGAGAUUGAUCCCAACAAAAUCGUGAGGUUUGAGGACAGUCAGAGUGUGUUCUUCGUUCCUAGUGAGACGGAUGAUACAACAACAUACAUGGUGGAUACUGCUCUCGGUGUGUGUGAUUGCAGGAAAGGAAUGACAGGUAAGACUUAA